UCGGAUUGCACAGUGAAGGGCCGCAAACCUCAGAGCCGGCAGCCAUGUUUGUGUCUCUGACAGCCCUUUCAGCAACAGGUUGUCAGCGUUUCUAGGAGGGAAUAAAUCCUCAAAGCGAUCUCUAACAGUCUUCAUUUGCUGUUUUAUAUGAAAGGACGCUGAAAAGACAGAUAGUUACACCUCCAUGGGACCACACACUGCCGUUAAUGUCCAUUUCUGGGUCGUGGUGGAAUAGUAAUGAUGCCUAAACAAGCACAUUGAGGCGAGGACCAGGGCCACUUUUUCACGUCUCUACGCACACACACACGCACCUGCAACCAUGAACGGUGGCCGCAGUAUCUGGGCUAUAAGUCCAGAGGAAAGGACUAAACAUGAUCAGAAAUUUGAUACCCUCUCUCCGGUGCAGGGUUUUGUGACUGGGGAUAAGGCACGGACUUUCUUCCUGCAGUCAGGCCUCCCUUCCGCUGUUCUGGCUGAGAUCUGGGCUCUGGCCGACAUGAACAAGGACGGCAAAAUGGACCGUUUAGAGUUCUCGAUUGCCAUGAAGCUGAUUAAGAUGAAGUUGCAGGGUCAGCCUCUUCCUUCAGCGUUGCCCAUCAUCAUGAAACAGCCACCAGUACCUGCUCCUACCCUGCCUCUCACUCCAAACAGGUUGGGAUCCAUGCAAAACAUUCCCAUGGUGCCCACUAUGCCUGUUCUUACCCCUAUGCUGCUGCCCUCCGUAAGCCCUAUGCAAGGCAUGACUCCCAUGAUGCCUGGCGGCCUGGCGAUGCCCAUGAUGGCCAACAUUAGUGCUCCUGCUCUGGCCAAUGGACCUGUGGGUCUUCUGCAGCCCACUCCUGUUUCUCUUAAUAAUGCUCUUCCAGCAAACAGUUACUACACGCCCUCACCGUUGGGCUUUUCUUCUGCUCCCAAGACAUCGGCUCUCCUUGACCUGGGUUCAAGCAGCUCCAACUCCUCUUCUACAAUAUCUUUAGCCAGCAGCUCGCCUCAGAACAUACCCUCCGACUGGACCAUACCACAUGCGUCACGGCUUAAAUACAGGCAGCAGUUCAACAGCCUGGAUAGGCAGAUGACUGGCUUUCUGUCAGGUCCUCAGGUUAGGAACGUAAUGGCUUCAACAUUAUUAAGUCAAAACCAACUCGCCUCUAUUUGGAACCUGGCGGACGUCGAUAAGGACGGCAAACUGAAGGCCGAGGAGUUUAUUCUGGCCAUGCACUUGGUCGACAUGGCCAAGGAAGGACAGGCUCUGCCUCUCGCUCUUCCUGUGGACCUCGUGCCCCCAUCCCUCAGAGGAAAUGCUGGCGAUUCGCUGAACGGAUCGGCCGGUUUGUCCGUUUAUGCAUCCCUGACUGAAGAGUUUACAGAAGUUGAUCCACCACAAAAAUCCAAAAAUAACUUGACCUUCGAGGACAAGUUCAAGGCCAGCCUGGUGCGAGGAAACGCAGAGUUGGAGAAACGGCGCCUGGCUUUGCUGGAGCAACAGCGACGUGAGGAGGAGAAGAGAGCACAGAAGGCCCGUGAGGAGCAGGAAAGAAAAGAGAGGGAGGCACGUGAGCUGGAGCUGAGGAGGAAGAGAGAGGAGGAGCAGAGGCUGGAACGACAGAGGGAGCUGGAAAGGCAGAGGGAAGAGGAGAGACUCCGAGAGCUGGAGAGGAAAGAGGCAGCUAAAAAGGAACUGGAGCGGCAGCGGCAGUUGGAGUUGGAGAGGAAGAAAUUGCAGGACCUCCAGAAUCAGCAAAAUAACGAGCAAGAGGCAAUAGUUCAACUGAAGUCAAAGAAGAAGAGUCUGGAGUUGGAGCUUGAAGCUGUGGGCAACAGGCAUAAAGAAAUCUCUGAAAAACUGAGAGAUGCCCAGGCCAAGAAGAAAAUCCAGAAAAUCGAUUUGGAUCAGAUCAACCAGAAGCGAGACAGGAAAAUAAUCGAAAUCAAUUCGAUGCAGCAGCAGUUUGAGGAGUUGCAGAGCAAACUGGCCAAGAUGGUACCAGAGCAGCAGAAAUUGAACGAGAUGCUUCGAAAUGUGAAUCUGAGCAACAUGCCAGCUUCUACAAUGGCCACUUUACAGAACAGUGUUAAAGACAAAGACCUGAGCUGUCGAAAGCUGAAAGAACAGCUGAUUGCUUUAGAGAAAGAGACUGCAUUAAAACUGGGUGAAAUUGAUUGCUAUAAAAAGGACAUACAGGACCUCAUAGAGAGCCAGAGAGAUCAGCAGACUGCACUGGACAAAUUGCAUAGUCUUAGAGAGGACAAACUGAACGAUCUAAAGAGACGUAAAGAGGAGGAACUGGAGAAAAAGAGAAAAGAGGAGGAAGAACAACGGCGCAUCAAGCUGGAGAAGGAACGUCAGUGGCAGGAGAAACUGCGUCGAGAUGAAGAGGAGCGACAGAGGAAACUCCAGGAGGAGCGCGAGGCCAAACUCCGAGAGGAGGAAGAGAGGGAGAGACAGGCUCGUCUGCAGGCUGCCAAAGAGCAAGCGGAAAGAGAGCGCAGAGCUCAAGAGGAGCAGGAGAGAAGGAGGAGGGAAGAGGAGGAAAGGAAAAAGCUAGAAGAGGAUGAGAGGAGGGAGAAAGAGAGGAGGAGGCGCGAGGAAGAGGAUCGCAAGCAGCGAGAGGAGGAGAGAAAGAAAAUCGAGGAAGAACGGCGACAACUAGAGGAGGAAAGAAGGAAGCUGGAAGAGGAGAGGCGGAGGCAGGAGGAGGAGAGGCGGAAGAAGAAAGAGGAGCUGGAAGAAAUAAAGAGGAGGCAGGAGGAAGAGAGGAAGCGUGAGGAGCGCAGGAGGCGGAAGAGGCACGGCGAGAAGAGGAGAGGAGAAAGGAGCGAGGAAGAGGAAAGGAGAAGACAGCGAGCUCAGGAGGCAGCCAUUAGGGAUGCAGAGGAGCGAAGAAAAGAGGAGGAGAGGAAGAAGAAAGAGGAGGAGAGGAAGCGGCAGGAGGAGGACGACCGGAGGAUACGAGAGGAGGAAAGAAAGAAACAGGAUGAAGAACGGAGGAGGAAACAGCAAGAAGAGCAGGCGGCUGCUGCUGCCACUGCUGCCACAGUGGCUGCUGCUCCUCCUACUGCAAGGCUGAAAGACGAAAAGCAAAAUAAUGUAAAAUCAGACAUUGUUGCUGCACUUCUCAGAGGACUGGAGGAGAGGAAAGGCAAUAGACAGCCCCGGAGCAGGUCACAAAGGAAAUCAGUAGUUCUGACCAAAUUUAAAGCCCUCUACCCCUUUUCAGCCAGGAACGAUGAAGAACUCUCUUUUGAGACGGGCGAUACGAUCGAGGUGGAUGAGACGAUUGAAAGAGAAGAAGGAUGGCUGUAUGGAAGCCUGCAGGGGAAAUUGGGCUGGUUUCCGGAGAGCUACGUCGAAAAGCAGACGCAAAGCACCAAAUCAGCUCUUAAACCUCAGCCUUCGCUGUCAUCAUCUCGAAAUCUUCCGGAAGCUUCCAGCGGAACAGGCCAGACCUCCGCUUUCACGCGCACCCACUCCAUAGGCAGCACUUCCAUGGAUCACCGCCAGGUUGUAGGGAAAGUGCAGGUUAAAGCUUUGUGUUCUUGGACAGCAAAAACUGACAGCCACCUCAACUUCUCCAAGGACGACGUGAUCAUGGUUCUGGAGCAGCAGGAAAGCUGGUGGCUCGGGGAACUGAACGGAGUGCAGGGAUGGUUUCCAAAAUCCUACGUCACGGUCCUGGACAGCGGCGAACCUUCUGCUGAUUCCGCUGAUGGAUUUGACUCCACAGCAGCAGACGACUCUUGCCUUGAAGAGUAUGUGGCUCUGUAUACCUACGAAAGCCCCGAACCUGCAGAUUUGACGUUUGCUGAGGGAGACACCGUCCUCGUGUCUCAGAGAGAAGGAGAGUGGUGGAGAGGCAGCAUAGGAGACCGUUCUGGACUUUUUCCCUCCAACUAUGUUAAACCCAAGGAAUCUGAUAAUUCGCUCCUCAAACCUGGUGUGCUCGGGAAAAAGCCAGAGGUAGCUCAGGUGACCAGCGCUUAUACGGCCACAGGGACAGGACAGCUCAAUCUUUCUCCUGGUCAGCUCAUCGUCAUCCUCAGUAAACACCAUUCAGGCUGGUGGCUGGGAGAACUGCAGGCACGGGGUAAGAAGAGACAGAAGGGCUGGUUUCCAGCAUCUCACAUCAAGCAACUGGGCUCAAAUAGCGGCAAAUCCACACCCGCGACUGUGACGGUUGGUCAGGUCAUCGCCAUGUAUGACUACACGGCGGCCAACCAGGACGAGCUCAGCUUCUCCAAGAAUCAGAUCAUCACUGUGCUGGAUAAGAGCGACCCUGAUUGGUGGAAAGGAGAAAUCAAUGGGGUCACAGGCCUUAUCCCUACCAACUAUGUGAAAAUGACCACCUCUGAUUCUGACCCUAGCCAGCAGUGGUGUUCUGACCUGACGAGUCUAGACUCGAUGAGCUUGCAGGAAAAGAAACGGCAAGGCUACAUCCACGAGCUCAUUGAGACCGAGGAAAAAUACAUGGAGGAUCUGCAGCUGGUUCUGGAGGUCUUUCAGAAGCCCAUGUCCGAGUCGGGCCGCUUAACAGAAGCCGAGAUGAACACCAUUUUCCUGAACUGGAAAGAGCUCAUCGUGUCCAACAGCAAGCUGCUCAAAGCGCUGCGAGCGAGGAAGAAGACGGGAGGAGAAAAUAUGCCGGUGCAGAUGAUCGGUGACAUCCUGGCCUCUGAGCUCUCUCACAUGCAGGCCUACAUUCGUUUCUGCAGCUGCCAGCUCAACUGUGCUGCGUUGCUUCAGCAGAAGACGGACCAGGAGCCGGAAUUUAAAGACUUCCUAAAGAAAAUCGCCACAGAUUACCGCUGUAAAGGAAUGCCGUUGUCCAGCUUUUUACUGAAACCUAUGCAAAGAAUCACGCGUUACCCUCUCCACAUCAAAAACAUUCUUGAGAGCACCCCUGAGACUCAUGUGGACCAUGCUCAGCUGCGAGAGGCUCUGGAGAAGGCUGAGGAGCUGUGCUCUCAGGUGAACGAAGGCGUGAGGGAGAAGGAGAACUCUGAUCGGCUUGAGUGGAUCCAGAACCACGUCCAGUCCGAGGGGAUCACAGAGAAUCUGGUUUUUAACUCUCUGACCAACUGCCUGGGUCCACGAAAGCUCCUCCACAGCGGUAAACUUUUUAAAACCAAGAGCAAUAAGGAGCUGUACGCCUUCCUUUUCAACGAUUUCAUGCUCUUCACUCAAGCUGUCAAACAGUUCACAUCAUCAGGCCCAGACAGACUUUUUAGCCCAAAGUCCAACACACAGUACAAGAUGUACAAAUCGCCUUUGUUACUGAAUGAAGUCCUGGUGAAGAUGCCAACAGAUCCCUCCAGCGAUGAGCCGGUCUUCUACAUCUCUCACAUCGACCGCGUUUAUACCCUCAAAACCGAUAAUAUUAAUGAGAGGACUGCUUGGGUUCAGAAGAUCAAAGCCGCCUCAGAGGAGUUCCUCGAGACCGAAAAAAGCAAACGGGAGAAGGCCUAUCAAGCUCGCUCGAUAAAAGCCACAGGAAUCGGCCGCCUCCUCGUAACUGUCCAGGAGGCAACUGAACUGAAAUCCUCAAAAUCAAAUGGAAGGUGCAAUCCGUACUGCGAAGUGACCAUGGGGGCGCAGUGCUACACGUCGCGAACGCUUAACGAUACGCAGAACCCGAAAUGGAACUUCAACUGCCAGUUCAACAUCAACGACCUGUACCAGGAUGUGCUGUGCAUCACCAUUUACGAACGCGAGCAGUUUUCACCCGACGAGUUCCUGGGUCGAACCGAGCUUCCCGUGGCCACCAUCAAAAAGGACCUGGUGAACAAAGGAGCGACGACAAAACGACUGCUGCUUCACGAAGUGCCUACUGGAGAGGUCUGGGUCCGGCUCGAUUUUCAGCUCUUUGAUGGCAAAAGCCCAAAAUGAAAUCCCGGUAUAACUCCUCCAGACAUUCCUUACUCAAACACCUCGCCUUAAAACGUCCUCAGCUAAUGUGGACCAUGCUACUGAAUGUGUGACUUCUUCUUUAGAACGCUUGUGUAUUAAUGACCUUGAUGCCAAGUGUAUACUUUGUUGUCGUUUUUUUUUCUUUUUUUUUUUAUCUGCAUUUUGCCUCAGUUUUUUGUCACUGGGUAUAGAGAUGUCUCAGGAUUUGUUUUUUUUUGUUUCCCUGUCUAUUUGGCUGUAUAAUUAUUAUUAUUUUUUUUUACAUUUACUUCAAUUUGAUUUGUAGAUCAGGAUUGAUCUCAACUAACACUACAUCUUAUAUAUAAGUGUGUAACAGCCUGAAUAACUCCAUCAUUUAGAACUUUUUUUUUCUUUUAAAAGUUUUUUUCCCCUCUCUUUUCUUUGCUUAUCUCUUUAAGUUUUAUUUUACAAUGGUACAAAUGAAGUGAUGACCCAGAAGUGACUCUA